GAACCAAGUUUGUUGCUCACCUUCAUCAUCGGCCGCUCAAGGCCUUGGCUCUUUGUUGCAACGGGUGCGAGAUAAUGUCUGAAUACGUAGCAUUUACUCACAAAUCUCGGAGACUGACACAUCGUAGUGUGUCCAAUACACGAGGCAGAGAUAGAAAGAAUCUGGAAGACUCGGUAUGGGAUCUCUCAUAGCGAUUCCAAACUAGUGUGGGCGGCCAGUUGAACAUUGGCCGCUAAACACCUUCUAUGAUCAUGCCAUGCGUGUACUCCGAGAUUUAAAGAAGAUAUCUUACAGUUCCGAAAGUAACCGGUAUCGCUCGAGUAAAGCAAUGAGUUUGUAUAAGAUGCGAGCUUGCGAUAGGAUGCUAUUCUGCGUGGUAUCUACAUACCAAUCACUCUCCCGCUGUCGACAUGGGAUCAUUGCGUAUCAUGGCUGCUAUCGAUGCUAUCCAUGAUAUCUCUCAUUCCAAAGCAUUCUUUCUGCUUGGCCUCUGUGCAGUAGUGAUCUUUGUCGUUCGUUGGUACAAGGCCUCUCUGAAGGGAACGCUGCCUCCGGGACCUCGGGGUUUUCCGAUCGUCGGUAACACAUUCCAGCUGGGACGCCUACCUUGGUUCCAGCUUACGCGGUGGGCGCGACAGUAUGGGCCGAUCUAUUCUUUAAAUCUCGGUGGCCAGAUCUUGAUCGUUCUCAAUAACCAUAAGGUGGCCUCCGAUCUCCUCGAUAAACGAUCGGCGAUAUACGCAGAUCGCCCACGCAUGAUCAUGACCGGAGAGCUCCUGUGUGGAGGUUUCUUUUUCGCAUUCAACAGUUGCAAUGAUUUAUGGCGUAGACUUCGUAAGGCCGCUUUUGAAGGCUUGAAUUUCAGGUCUUCGGAGGUAUUUCAACCCGUUCAAGAACGAGAGGCCAUUCGUCUCGCCGAAGCGUUGGUCAAGAACCCAUCGGCUUGGAUGGACCAUAUCAAUAGGGUCACAGCAUCCGGCGUCCUUUCAGUCUGCUAUUCUUUGCCUCCAGUCGCAUCAGCGGAAGAUCCCGUUAUUACUCUUAUCAACAACUUCAUGCACCGCAUUGAAGCUGGUUCUCGUCCGGGAGAAUAUCUGGUUGAGCUCUUUCCUUGGAUGUUAAGGCUGCCAAAGUGGAUGGCUAAGUGGCAUCGUGAUGCUGAUGAAGCCCAUGCGCGAGAUACUGAAAUGUUCAUGAAGUUCCACUUAGACGCAAAGCGUCGAGCGGCCCUUGGUCAAUGUGGACCAUGCAUGAGUGGAAUCCUCAUGGAAAGGAACGAGGUUAGUGACAAGGAAGCAGCAUGGCUUGCUGGAACGCUUUUUGGCGCCGGUUCCACGACGACUGCCGCAGCUCAGCACGUCUUUAUUCUCGCAAUGGUGCUCUACCCCGCUGCUAUGCGAAAGGCUCAGGCAGAGAUCGACGCAGUCGUUGGUCGUUCGCGGCUGCCAAAUUUCAGUGAUCGUAAUAAAUUGCCCUAUGUCCAAGCUAUCAUACGAGAGGUCUUCCGCUGGAGAAACAUUGGACCGUUGGGCCUUCCCCACUAUAGUACAGAGGACGAUUGGUACGAAGGCUAUUACAUUCCCAAAGGAUCGAUGAUCUUCUUUAAUCAAUGGGCCAUGAACACCGAUACCGAGGUGUAUGGUGACGACUUUAAUACCUUCCGACCGGAACGUUUCCUAGAUGAAACCGGCAAGAAAGAGAAUGUUCCUCCAAACACCCAUGGCGAGGGCCAUACAGGCUUUGGAUAUGGUCGUCGGAAGUGCGUUGGUGUCAAUCUUGCCAAGAGCACCAUGUUUAUCAACAUCGCAACGACCCUGUGGGCCUUUGACAUUGGAAGAGGAAAGGACAGCAACGGAAACGUAUUUACUCCGGACCCAGAUGCUUUCGAAGAUCGAGGACUGGUUGUUGGUCCCGAUCCCUUCCCUGUUACUUUCACCCCUCGGUACCCUGACGUUGUGCCAGAGAUCCUCGCUCAUGCUCAACAGGUCGUCCGACCGGUCCAAGUUCAACACACACCCAUUGCCCCCAAAGAUAUGCCUGUUGACGCUGAGGCGUACUAAGCAUCCUCAGUUAUACUGCAAUAUCUACACUCGUCGCAAAUCUUCGUCGUUAGUUUGCGUCACUCGUUUUUCCCUUUCCGAUUGUUUUCCACAUGCUUUCCGUUAUUGCAUACUUUGAUCUUGUGCAUUCUGCUAUUCCCUAGCAUAUCUCGGUCGUUCAAUCCUCGUAUUGUCGUUCACUCGCAGGCUACGCAUUUGUUCCAUUGUAAUUGUGUACCAUUUUACCCUGUAUAAACCUAGACAGGUACUUAUUUCCGUUGCUGCAAAUGUUGAAUAAGUGUUGAUUUAAUAUCAACGCCCACUUUGGUCUUCUCACGG